AUGGAGGCACACUCACAACCGCAAAGCUAUGCGCAAGAUCACGCUACACCGCCCCAAUCAUCGCCAGCAGCAGCAAAGAACCAAUGGAACAUCCCCACCGGCUUCGCAUCGACCGGCAGUCAAUCACAUACCCAAAGCUUUGAGGAGAUCUACGGCGUACCGGAGAACUUCCUCGAAAUAGAGGUGACAGACCCACAAACGCACCAACCAACAUCCUCCCCCUCCUCCCGCUACACCACCUACCUCAUCCGCCUCAGCACCAACAUCCCCGCCUUCAAACUCCGCCGCUCCGAAGUUCGCCGCCGCUACUCCGACUUCGAGGUCUUCCGCGACCUACUCGAGCGCGAAUCCGCCCGCGUCUCCAUCCCACCCUUACCCGGCAAAGUCUACCUCAACCGCUUCGACGACGCGGUGAUCGAGGAGCGACGGAAAGGGCUGGAGCGCUUCCUCAAGAUCGUCGUGGGACACCCGCUCUUGCAGACCGGGUCGAGAGUGUUGGGUGGAUUCGUGCAGGACCCGAAUUGGGAUCGGAAUGCUUGGUAG